AUGUCGACCGCCGCACCCACUCCGAGGUUAAACAUCGACAACAUCAACCAGAAUGUUGUCAGGGCCCAGUACGCCGUGAGGGGCGAGCUCGCUGUCAAGUCCGAGCUCUUCCGCGCCAAGCUCGCCCGCGGUGACGCCGACCUCCCCUUCAACCAGGUCAUCUCGGCCAACAUUGGCAACCCUCAGCAGCUUGACCAGAAGCCCAUCACCUUCUUCCGCCAGGUUGCCAGUCUUCUCGAGAACCCCAAGCUCCUCGAGCACCAGGAUGUCCUGCUCAAGUCCCUCGGCUACCAGACCGAUGUCAUUGAGCGUGCUCAGUGGCUUCUCAGCCAGUGCCAGUCCGUCGGUGCUUACAGUGCAAGCGCUGGUGUUCCUGCCAUCAAGCAGAGCGUUGCCAACUUCCUCGAGAGGCGAGAUGGCUUCCCCGCUGACGCGGCCCACAUCUAUCUUUCCGGUGGUGCUUCUUCCGGUGUCAAUACCCUCCUAAACAUCCUCUGCGCCGACAAGAACAGCGGCAUCCUCGUCCCCAUUCCCCAGUACCCUCUUUACACCGCCAGCUUGGCCGUUCUCGACGCCGUGUGCGUGCCCUAUUACCUGGACGAGGCCAGGCUUUGGGGUACCGAUCUUGAGGCCAUCAAGACCUCGUAUGAGAAGGCCAAGGCCGAAGGUGUCGAUACUCGUGCCAUUGUCAUCAUCAACCCCGGUAACCCCACCGGUGCCUCGCUUCCCGAGGCCGACAUCCGCUCCGUCAUCGAGUUCGCUCGCCAGGAGAACCUUGUUCUCAUUGCUGACGAGGUCUACCAGACCAACGUGUUCUCCGGCGAGUUCCACUCCUUCAAGGCCGUUCUCCGACGCAUGCAGCAAGAACAGCCUGGCACCUACGACCACCUCGAACUUGCCUCCCUCCACUCCAUCUCCAAGGGUAUGGUUGGCGAGUGUGGCCACCGUGGUGGUUACUUCGAGCUUGUCGGCUUCAACCCCCUCGUCGAGGCUGAGAUCUACAAGUUCGUUUCCAUCACCCUCUGCGCCCCCGAGGGUGAGCCCUCGUACGAGCUCUACAACCAAGAGUACAACUCCAUCUUCAACGGCCUCAAGGAGCGCGCUUUCGCUCUUCACGCCGCCUUCUCCCAGAUGGAAGGUGUCGAGUGCGGCGAGCCUCAAGGUUCCAUGUACCUCUUCCCCACCAUUAAGUUGCCCGCCAAGGCUGCCGAGGCUGCCGCCGCCGAGGGCCGCACUGCUGAUGAGUUCUACUGCAUGAGGCUCCUCGAAGCCACCGGCAUCUGCGUCGUCCCCGGCUCCGGCUUCGGCCAGCGCGAGGGCACCCUCCACUUCAGGACCACUUUCCUCGCCCCUGGCACCGAGUGGGUUGGUAACAUUAUCAAGUUCCACAAGGAGUUCAUGGACCAGUACCGUUAA